CUAUGUUUACCACAGAGGAAGCAGAAGAAGAGCAACCAGCCGGUGACUUGUGUCUCAUUUCCGCUGUAAACAAACCCACUAUCGCCUGUUUGAACGUUUUACAGAAACAUGCCGGCUUUUCUUCGCGGCUUUCGAGCCACCUAAUCGCGGCCUUGUGCGCAAACGGAGCGAUGGAGAGGCCGCAGUUCGGUUGGACGGUUCCGCGGAGAGUCCUCUGACAGCCGCACCAUGAUCCCGGUGUCCCUGCUGGUGUUCGUGAUGGCAGGCUGGUGUGCUGUCUACCUGGCCGACACACUUCUCAGGUCAUCUGCCACGCACCGGAUCAACUACGAGUCGUGGCUGGCCAGCCGAGGGUUGAUGUUGUCUCCUUUUCAUGUGAGAUGGCAGACCACCAUGUUUAACUGGCUGUUUGCUUACUGUGCCCGCAUCAACCCCCAAGCCCUCUACCUUUGGUUCAGCAGUGGGCUAGUGUUUGGUGUGGCCGCCAUGUUGGGAUCGGUGGUGCUGCUGGUGAAGACGCUGCAGCAGACCUACGCCCAGAUGACCACAGACAACCCGCGGAUCGGUGGGCAGCAGACUCUGCAGGUGGUGGUCCCCGGUGUGAACCUGCCCACCAGUCAGCUGGCCUACUUCUUUAUCGCUCUGCUGCUCAGCGGCGUCAUCCAUGAGCUGGGUCACGCUGUGGCCGCGCUGAGGGAGUCUGUGAGAGUGAACGGCUUCGGGAUGUUCGUCUUCGUCGUUUAUCCCGGGGCGUUUGUGGAUCUCUUCACUACGCACCUCAACCUCAUCUCUCCUGCUCAGCAGCUCAGAAUAUUCUGUGCAGGAGUUUGGCAUAACUUUGUUUUGUGCGUGGCGGCGCUGGCCCUCCUCUUCCUGCUGCCGGUCCUCCUGUUUCCGGUCUACGCCACUGGGGUCGGCGCUAUGGUUACCGAGGUCGUCCAGGGUUCUGCGGCGGACGGGCCGCGGGGUCUGUCGGUCGGGGACCUGGUGACGCGGCUGGAGGACUGUCCCGUCCGGGGAGUGGAGGACUGGGCCGGCUGCCUGUCCCAGCUGUCCCGCGCCCCGCAGACCGGGUACUGCGUCCCGGCGGCCGGCCUGCAGCCCAGCUGGGCUCACGGCAGACCUUUCAAGCGUCUGGACGGGACGAUGGACUGCUGCAGCAACAACAGCCUGACAGACCUCUGCUUCUCCUACAUCAAACCACAGGGCAGGAACAGCAGGGAGAGAGAGUUCGCCUGCAUGCCAGUGAGGAAGAUGGUGACGGGAACGGCGACGUGUCGCUCCGACGACGACUGCGGCGUGAACUCGGCCAGCGUCUGCGUCACCCCGUCUCUGGAGAACCAGACCCGCUUCAUCCGCGUCGCUCACCCGCCGAGCCCACACAUGCUGUUCGUGGGCUUCCCGCCGCACCUGCAGUACGCCGUGAGUCUGACCAACUUCGUGCCGCGCUUCGGGUUCCUCCACCUGGACCUGCCCGUCUUCAUGGAGACCUUCCUAAAGUACGUGGUGUCCCUCUCCGGCGCGCUGGCCGUCGUUAACUCCGUGCCCUGCUUCGCCCUGGACGGACAGUGGAUGCUCAACGCCCUGCUGGAGGCCACGCUGGUUACCGUAGUAACGGACCGCCAGAAGCGCGAGCUAAUCGGUUUCUUCCUGCUGCUAGCGGGCAGCGCCUUGCUAGCAGCUAACGUGGCGCUCGGCCUGUGGAUGGUAACGGCGAGGUAGCGGCAGAUCGAAGGGAGGUCCGUUUCCUGUCCGGGACCAGCUGCUGACCAGAAACUGUGAAGCUGCUGCAACGCCGCUACUUUACGUUGACUGUUUCCCCUCCAUCAGCUUUUCAGCCGUUACUACCAAUGAAGACUUCUUCUUCCACCGCGCGUAGGUAAGCUACGGAAGAGGAAGAGAACCACAAAACAGAAUUAUGACUUUAAUCUCAGAAUUCACGUUUUUUUCUCCGGUUUCUGUCUUUUUUCCUAAGAAUUUCAUCUUUAAUUUCUGGAUUAUUUUUCCCCAUAUAAUUUUGACUUUAAUUAUCCAAUUCAGACCCCCCCCCCUAAGAAUUCUGAUAAUUUUUCUCUGAAAAUGUUUUUUUUUCAAAAUCCAACUUUAAUGGUCAAAUUCUGACUUUCCCCCCCAUAAUACCAAUUAUAUUUCUCUGAAUUCAACUGUUCAUGUCUGAAUUAGUUUUGCCCAUUUUUCAACUUCAGAUGUCAAAUUCUGACUUUCUUUGUCAGAUUUCCAAUUAUUUUUUUCUGAAUUCCAACUUUUUCAUCUGGAUUUCAAAUUAUGUACUCUAAAUUCUGACUUAAAUUGCUGAAUUUUGACCAAAUUAUGUUUUUUCCCUUCAAACAACAUUUUUUAUUUCUCCAAAUUUGAACUUUAAUUGUAUAAUUCUGACCUUUUUUCCCCUCAGAAUUCCGAUUAUUUUUCUUUGAAUUCCGGCUUUUGUUCCUCUGAAUUCUUUUUUUCUGCAAAGUUCAACCUUAAUUGCCAAAUUCUGACUUUUUUUCUGAUUUACAACUUUUCUUGUCUAAAUUUCAAAAAUUUUCUCUGAAGUUCAAAUUUAAUUGAUUUCUGACAUGUUUGUCGGAAUCCUGACUUAAAUGCAGGUGGGCCUGGAGCCACUGGCUUCAUUGACACGUGAUUUUUGCAUCAGGAGAACUAACUUUUUGAAGGAUCACAUGUAAAAAAAAAAGGGGGUGGGGGAGAACACUUUAAUUCGAAGAGGCUGGUUAAAAUCAGAUUUAUUUUUUAUUUGUUCAAAUCUUAUGAAUAUAUAAUGAAGAUAUGUGAAGAAGAUGGGGAAAUACUUCCUAUAAUGUACUGUUCCAACUGAAUGUUUACAAGUGCAAAUUUUAGAAUUUUAAAGAUUGUGGUGUUUAAAUUUGGAUAUAAAUGUUAUCCAAAAUUCCCAAACUGUGUUUUUGCUGCGAAACAUAAGAAUUAAGUUGUUCUAAAUGGUUUUCUCAGCUUCUGUUUUGGUGAAUGCACAGCAGUAUCGUGAUCUACAUUGUCACUGGUGGAGAAAUUGCACUAAUACUCUUUAAGAAAACAUUUGGGUUAUUAUAAUUACCCGAGUGGACCUCUGUCAAGUGUCUUUAUCUCCUUCAGGCAUUAAUGCAGGAAAAAAGCCUUCUGUGUUCACUGUGUUCUGACUUUUCCUGAGGUUUCUCUGUUCCCUUCUGACCUCUCACUGUUCAGUCUGGUUGUAACAGUUAAUUGUGUUAAAAAUGUGAAAUAAAAAGUUUGUUUUUUUUGUAAUUGA